AGCGACGGAGGCUGCGCGGGAGAAGGGCAGGCCGCGGCGGGGGGGGGGACCGCUGAGGGGCUUGGGCCUACUGGGACCUCCUGCAGCUGCUGCCCCGCGGCCAGGAUGGGUUCUGCUCUUUCCUUCACCGUCGCUAAAGCUCCCUCCAGGCCCAGGAAGAAGGCAGAGGGGAGGGAGGAAGAGGAGGAGGAAGAUUUGCUUGACGGUCGGGAUCGCGUGGAGGACAUUGCCAAGUUCCCCUACGUGGAGUUCACAGGGCAGGACAGCAUCACCUGCCCCACCUGCCAGGGCACAGGCUGCAUGCCCACAGAGCAGGUCAACGAGCUGGUGGCUCUGAUACCCUACAGCGACCAACGCCUGCGGCCCCAGAGGACGAAGCUUUACGUCCUGCUCUCGGUGCUGCUCUGCCUCCUGGUCUCGGCUCUGGUGGUUUUCUUCCUCUUCCCCCACUCGGUGCUGGUGGAGGAUGAUGGCAUCAAAGUGGUGCAGGUCUGGUUUGACACCAAGAACUCCGUGGUCACCCUGGGCAUCACGGCCACCCUCCGGAUCAGGAACUCCAACUUCUACUGGGUGGCCGUGAGCAGCCUGAGCAGCCAGGUGCAGUACAUGAACACUGUGGUGGGCAGCCAGCAGCUCUCCAACCUCUCCAGCAUCCAGCCCCGGAGUGACAGACUGGUGAACUUCACCGUGAGGGCAGAGCUGGGAGGACCUUUCUCCUACGUGUAUUUCUUCUGCACCUUCCCCAAGGUGAAGGUCCACAACAUUGUGAUCUUCAUGAGGACCUUGGUGAAGCUCUCCUACGUUGGCCACACCACGCAGAGUGCUCUGGAAACC